CAGGUCUAUAUCUUUUCGUUUCGGGGUUUAUCAUACAUUACGACUUAUUCAUUUGGCGCUGACAUCCAUUUUGUAUUGUUACUGUUCUCUAUUGAGAGUUACUUAUUUGAAGAAGAUUUUUUUUUUAAAUAUAAGUUUCAAUAUUUGAAAUUAAAAUGGCUGCUGGAAAGAAACAGAAAAAGGCAUUAGAAAGUAUCAAUACCAAAUUGGCUCUUGUUAUGAAGUCUGGAAAGUGUGUUCUUGGAUUGAAACAAUCGUUAAAAACCUUGCGUCAAGGAAAAUCAAAAUUGGUCAUUAUAGCUAACAACACAUCUCCUUUAAGAGUAUCUGAAAUUGAAUACUAUGCUAUGCUAUCCAAGACUGAUGUUUUCCAAUAUUCUGGAAACAACAUUGAAUUAGGAACAGCAUGUGGAAAGUAUUUUAGAGUUGCCACUCUUUCAAUCACUGACCCAGGUGACUCAGAUAUUAUCAAGACGAUCCCAACAGAAGGAAAUCAAUAAUUUUUGUGUAUUAAAUUGAAUAAAUCAUACCAAUUUUUAUGUA